UCGGUGGUUAGGUAGCACCCUCACCGGUCGAGCUGCCAACAAAAUGAAGCUUCAGUUUAUCGGUCUGAUUUUGACGAUCGUGAUUUUGAGAGAGAGUCGGGCACGUGAGGCGGUUGUCCCCAUUCCAGAUGUGGGCCAAAUAAUCAAAGAUCUCGAUGGUCUGCACAUUGAUGGAGCAACAUUUAAGCAAGGUGCUCCCUGCAAAGUGAAUGUGCAAGAGGAUCUGCCUCGUUACGACCAAGUGCAGCCGCUGUACCUGCACCCUGGCACGAAUCUCUACUGGCUGCCCAAUCCUGAUGGCCACCUAGAGGUUGACCACGGCGCCAGCAUCGAGCUGCACUGCAGCAAUCCUUUCGCGCCCGCGAAUGGAGAGUCCUUGGAUGCGAAGCUGCGCUCCAUUCGGGUAAAGUGUGUGCAGGACACCACCUUCGAGUGGAUGGGGGCUAAAAUCCAAUUCAGCGACUUUGUCUGCAGUCACUCCAUGCCGUACACCGUGGAGCGAUUGAACAGGAGUUGUGGCAGCAACACUACGAGUCCAUCCACCUCGAACUUGUAUCGCGUGGGCUAUGACACCGGAGAUGGCAGAUUUGUGGCCACCAUGGAGCUGUGCCAUGACCCGAAUCACCUGCGCACCCACUACGCCAACCAUCAACUGACACCGGCGAGUGUGCACUUCCAGAAAAAAGUUAAACGCCAGAAGUUUAGCACCGCCGGCCAUUUCACGGGCUUUGACAUGUUCGAAAUUUAUUCGCAAAAGAACCAGGAGAAACUGAUGGUGCCCGGCCUCAUUGACGUGAAGAGUGGUCUGUUCCUGUCCCGCGGACAUCUGACGGCCAAAGCGGAUCUAAUCUAUGCCAGUCAGCAGAGGAGCAGCUUCAACUACAUGAACGUGGCGCCCCAGUGGCAGAGCUUCAAUGGCGGCCAGUGGGCCGACCUGGAGGAUUCCACUAGAAAAUUUGUGGCCCGUUCGGGCAUCACGGCCAAUGUGUAUACGGGCAUCUAUGGCGAAAUGAAGGUGGCCGGCAGCAAAGUCCUCCACCUGACCACCAAUGCCGAUAACACAGGUGUGAUGCCUGUGCCCCAGCUCUUCUAUCGCGUCAUCAUCGACGUGGGCCAUCCGACCCGCGGAAUCGCUUUGGUGGGUGUCAACAACCCACAUGCCACUCUGGCCCAGAUCCACGAGUCCUAUAUCAUCUGCGAUCCUGUGGAGGAACAGGUGCAGUGGCUCAGCUGGCUGCACAAAAGCAACGCGAAGGGUAACCUGAAGAAGGGCUAUUUGUAUGCCUGUUCGGUGGCGGAUUUGGCCCGGGCUGUCGGACAUUUGCCACGCCCCCUUCUCGAGGUGGAUGAGCUGCUCACUUAGAUGUGGGCGGUGGCGGUUCGAUUACCCAUACGUUUCAGUGAGUGCAAUAAAGUCCGAGUGGGUUGUGUGACACAACUGCGGCUUGGCAAUAACAAAAAUCAA